AUUUAGCAAAUCAAAAUGCAUUGGGUUGUUGGUAUUUGGUUAAUUGUGUCUCUUCUCGGCCUUGGAAUGGGGCACAACACUUUAUUUGAAGGAUAUGACCGGACUCUAUCAGGUUAUCAUCUGUGUAAUAUGACUGAGUCCGUGUCAGAGACCCAUGUGGUCCCCUACACAACCUCGUACACCCAGAGGAAACCAUGUGGUGGCUGGCUGCCAUGGGCAAUGUGUGAUGUCACAGUUUAUAAGACAGAAUACCGAACACAGGUGUAUGACAUGCCCAAACAGGUCAUGAAAUGUUGCCGUGGCUAUGAACAAGUUGGGAGUUACUGUGCCUUAUCCUUGAACAGAAGUGCAGAAUUCACAUCCAAGCCAGGACUGUGUCCCCCACCAAGAGAGAGAGGGUCUCGGUGUAAUAAUUCAGACUCCUCUGGCUCUGUGUGCAACCGGGACAUUGAUUGUCCUCAGUGGCAGAAAUGCUGCCUAAUCGAAAACACCUCCCCCAUCUCUCAGUGCUUAGAUCCAGUACCAUCAGUCAACAGAACCUGGUGCUUCAAUGUGACAAUAACAGUUAAGACGACCUAUGAGCUAGUUACCAGGGACAAAGGCCUCUUCAACCACACCAGACUGCUGCACUCUGUGGUAACCGGUGCUCUGGGAACUGAUCAGAUUUCUGUCCAUCACAUCUGGUCAAAAUCAGCAGGACCCUUCACAACCUCUUCCUCACUGCUGGUUUGUUCUCCUAAAGCCAUCUUACUGGCAGACAUUUCUGCAAAACUGUAUCUGCUGGGAAUCAUUGAGGAGGUGACUAAUGUGGUGGUGCAAGAUGUGGAUGAAUGUGUUCCACAGUUGAACAGUUGUUCUCCACAUGCAAGCUGCAGGAAUACAGAAGGCUCUUAUACAUGCACCUGCCUUCCAGGCUAUCAGGACCUCAACCUUUCACAACCAGGAACAGUUUGCACAGUUUCCAGUGCCACUGCACAACCUACACCACCAACCACCACCUCCAUCACUACUCACUCUCCACCAGAUAAUAAAACUGAUAGAGGACAAACGAGUCCCUCCUCGGCAUCCACUGUUGAAACUUCUUCCUUCAGCCAAACUUUUUCUACAUGUGGAGUGGCAUAUCAAGAUCAAGACCACUCUAAAAUGUGUAAUUUUAUCACACAGCACAAUGCCACAGAUGUUGCAAGUUUUGAGGAAGUGGGCAAUUGGUGUUUCAGAGAAUUUGGCAGUACAUUCGACCGGCCUCACUACUGUAGACCACGUGUAACCAUACCAGCCACAUCAGCAUCUUCACCUCCAGACUACACCCCCGUGAUCAUCAGCAUCCUCUCUUAUAAUGUCACUGCAUCAUCCUUCCAUGUGGCAUGGACCACUGACAUCCAAACCGGCGUCACCUUCGACCUGAUUCUGCUAAACGGGAGCAAAGAAAUACAAAACUUCGUAGUGAAAAGCUAUAAUUUAACAUUCACAGACCUGAGUCCUGCUGUUCUUCAUACUCUUCGUGUCACUCCAGUUGCCUGUGGUAAACAGGGAAACCCCACAGAGAUCAAAGUGAGAACAGAUGGUCUGUCUCUUGGAGCUUCAGCCCGUUUGAAAGGUGUAAAUUAUACAGAGGCCAUGAAAGACCCAAACAGUGAUGAAUAUAAGAAGUUCUGCAACAGUGUCAUAAAUGAGAUUCUCUCAUCCUUGCCUUCAAAGAUCCAUGCACUAGUCGUCUCUGGACAGGUCAUCAUCCAGAUAACAUCCCUCUCAUCCGGCAGCGUAAUCGUCAACUUUUCCAUCAUAUUUCAACCCGGCAGCAGCAUGAACAUCUUAAGCGUGUCCAGUGCUCUGAUGGGGUCUCUUCAGAACAGUUCCACAUAUGUAGUAGACGGUAACAGCAUAUACAUAACAGAUGCAGAUGAGUGUUUCCUGGAUAAGGCGGACUGCUCUCCGUGGGCCUACUGUAAUAACACUUUUGGCUCAUACACCUGUGUCUGUUGGUCUGGAUACACAGACUUGAACCCCAGUAGACCAGGACGCAGCUGUGCAGCAAUAAUCCAUCCCACUACAAACCACCCUGGAGUACCCUCUGAUUCCACAGGCCCUACAUCUUCCACCACCAUCUUUGGAAACUCAACUAUGAGCAGUACAGUGAGCACAACUCACGUCCAGCACAACACAACAACAUUUUCAACUUCCACAGCUGCUAAUGGACCAAGAACAGUGAUGCCGAACGCUCCUACAACAACACUUUCACCUAUGAAACAAAACUCUCUCAAAACUACAACUUUCGGUUACCAGACAUUAAACAGUCCACCACAUUUCCUCCCCUACGUAGCUGUUGAGUGCAUCCCAGGUUUUCUAACAGUUGUUGUACGGCGAGACUUCUUGCACAACUAUAACAUCCAAGAGAGUUCCCUGUACCUCGGUACACCAGAAUGUGGUCUCAGCAGGGAAAAUGCAACCCAUGUGUGGCUCACUACAUCUUGGGAUACGUGUGGUACUAAACUAGCUCAUAACAACACCCAUAAUUUAGCUAAUGUGACUCUAUAUAACAGUGUGAGCAAUGUUUUUACCGUGCGUCUGGAAGUUCCUGUCAUUUGCUCCUACCCCAGAGGUGUCCUCAUCUCCACGGGAUACGCCCCCUCAGGGUAUGUAGAUAUGAUAAAUUACCCAGUGGCAGGAUCGGGUAGUUUCCAGGUUACUGUGCGACUGAUGAAUGGGACGAUUCCUUUACCUGCCGAUUACAGCCUCUCUCCUGAUGACGAAAUCACCGUCGAGGUUGGGGUCAACACUACUAUCUCCCAAAUCAAAGUUGUCAUUGAAAAGUGCUGGGCCACUUCCAGCAGCGACUCAUCAGAGUACCCCUACUAUCUGUUUCAGGAACAAGGGUGUCUGGUGACAAACCCAUAUACAACCGUUCGUCAGAAUGGAAAUGACACUGUGGCUUUGAUAUCAGUGCGCAUAUUCAAAGUUGUAAAUCUCUACACCAUCUACCUGCACUGCCAGAUCCAGAUCUGUGUUGAAGUUCAGGACGGCACCUGCAAACCUUCUUGUAUGAGGACAUUCAGGUCUUCUAACAUAGCCGGAGUGAAACAGGCUACCGUUGGACCCAUAAAGAGAAUACCUUCAAGUAAAUUCUUCUCAGAUACAUCGAGUACUCUGCAGACUGUUGGAUUUAUUCUGCUGGGUGUUGGGGUGUUUGUGUUUUCCCUGGCUGCCGUCGCAGGACUGGCGUAUCAUAAAAGGAAAAUCGGCAACUACAAUUUCCGAUGUAAACCACAGCAGCAGAACUUCACUUAUCAUGUUUUUGACACCUAACUGCAGUCAAAUAGUUAACUGUAGCUUUAAACUGGUCAUUUUAUUAUUAGAUUUUACUAAUUGGCCCAGUAUAGAGAAAAUUAAGAAAUGUUUUAGAGAAAUGGAUUUGACUAUAUUUUUUUUAAAAGAACGUUUUUUUUUUUUUUUUUAUCAGCACUUCAAGAUACAUACAGGGUGUAUAUAAAGGCCUUAAGCAUGUCUUUUACGCUGUUGGGAGGGGUUGCCAUUUUUAAGAAAUCAUAUUUUCGUUUUAAAAUCUGCACACAUUCCUGUUUGUAGUCAUAUUCCUUGCCAGUCAUAUUCAUGCAUACAAGAUUUCACGAAUUUGCAUAAACUGGAUGUAAUUGUUGAUCGUUUGACUCUUCUUUUAAAACCGUUAUGAAAUAUUAAAAAAAUAAGCGGCUUACAUCUUACCUUGGAUUGUUUCAC